UACCAAACAAAGAUGGCGACAGGAACCAGGAAGUGAUAAAAUUUUACUUUAAUUUUACUUCCUAAUCGUGAGAAACAACAUGGAUCAGGACUCAGACGAUGAGAAAUGCGACUCUAUAUACGCAAACGAAGAAACGGCAGAGCUGAUGAAUGUUUCCUUUCGCCUGGAAUCGAAUUCCCUGGAAGACUUGCUAAAAGAAGACCAAGAGAAAAUCAAGGAAAGGGAGGGGGAUAAACAGUGGUACCAUGGCCGAAUCACGAGAGACGUGGCUGAAGAUAUAUUGCGGAAAGGCUUGUUAAAGUAUGGAAAUCAUGAUGGAUUGUUCCUGGUUCGAGAGAGUUCGUUUUCAACCACUAGCUUUGUGUUGUCGCUGUACAGCAAAGGAGAAUUCUUCCACUUCCAAAUCACCAUGGUGAAACCCUGCCACUUUUCCAUUGAUGAAGGACCGGUUAUACAUGGCUUGGAUCGCCUGAUCAAAAACUAUCAGGAGAAGGCCCAGGGUCUCCCAACCAACCUGACCCUGUUCUGUAAAUGCAAGGCGCCCCCCGACGAGCAACGACAGAAGGGCGCCACCAAUCUCCUUCACAGAGCAGUGCUGGAAAAUAUCCCAAAAGUUUUAGAAGAUAUUCUGAAAAGCAAAAACUGUCCACCAAUAAAUGCCAAAACAGACUGGGGAUCCACUGCCCUUCAUGAUGCUUGUUACUAUGGAUUUGAGGACUGUGCUGAUAUUCUUGUUAGAAACGGGGCCAACGUGAACUGCCUGGACAAGGAUGGAAGCACACCUUUACAUAAAUGCUGUUCAGGAAACAAAGCCGGUAUCAUCUCCAUUCUGAUCAAUGAAGGGAAGGCCAACGUCAACGAACGCAAUCCAAAAAGUGGCUGGAGUCCCUUACAUAUGGCUGCAUUCAAGGGCCAUUUAGAGUGCAUUAAGAUUCUACUGGACUUUCACUCACCAUAUUUGCCUCGAGCCUAUGAUGGGACCACGACACCUCUUGAUCUAGCAGAAAAUUACUCUAGGCAAGAAUGCUUAAAAGAAAUAGAUAAUUUUGUGCCUUCAAAAAUCGUAACUCACAAAAAGGACUGGUUUCACCCAGAAAUUGACAGAGCAGGAGCCCAGAAGAUUCUUGAGCUGAAGGGGCUGAGGGAGGGGCUGUUCUUAGUCAGGUCCAGCAACAAGAACCCAGACUGGCAGGUGCUCACAAUCUGUCAUAACCAGCAGGUGUACAACUAUCAGAUCAAAACAAAGCAUUACAGAGAAAAGCUUAUCUACUACAUUGAUGACGGGCCAUACUAUAAACACAUCGAACAUGUCAUACAGUACUACAGUUACAGCGCCAACGGAUUGCCUUGUGCACUUAGGUUUUCUGUCAACCCAGCUCAAGAGCUCAUCCAGAUAACCUGCGAUGAUGAAUACUUCAACUUGGUCGACAGUUCUCAGCUUCCAGCUCCUAUCAAACUGCCAAGUCUUCCACCACGUCCGGACGACAUGUUGCUCAAGCAAUCCACAGCAGAUGGGGUAGAUUAUAGUUCAAGCCUGAAGCGUGUGUCCAACCUAUCCCCACCACAGUCGCCCAAACCGAAAACUGGACCCCCACCCCCGCCAAACCAUCCCCCACCAGCUGUUGCCAAGCAGAUGAGCACAUCCCACUAUCCACCCGAGAAACCGGUGAUGGAACUGCGACGGAUAGACAUAAAACUCCUGAAACUAGGCAAAGAAAUCGGUCAGGGUGAGUUUGGCUCUGUUGUGAAGGGUGUGUACUCAACAAAGGACGGCAAGAACAAGAAGAAGAUGGACGUUGCGGUAAAGCUUUUUCAUAAGACAGCAAUCAACAACCAGGAGGAUUUCCUCAAGGAGGCUAGAACCAUGCAGCAGCUAUCGCACGAGUGCAUCGUCAACUUCCUGGGAAUCUCGGAGUCAGAAAACCACGAACUGCUUCUGGUUGAAGAGUUCAUAGAGAAGGGAUCCAUGCUGGACUUUCUACUGGACCACCCAAAGCAGGUGAAGUGCCAGGACUUGUACCUGUGGGCGGCACAGAUAGCGUACGGUAUGAUGUAUCUGGAGGAGCAGAAGAUGGUUCACAGGGACCUGGCGGCCAGGAACAUACUGCUGCAGAGUAUCACUAAGGCAAAGAUCAGUGACUUUGGUUUGUCGCGUGCUGUGGGUCAGAACAGCGACUACUACAAGGCGACCACUGGGGGAAGAUGGCCCAUCAAGUGGUAUGCCCCGGAGUGUGUGAAUUACGGCCAUUUCUCCCACGCCAGUGAUGUGUGGAGCUUCGGAGUCACCCUGUGGGAGAUGUUCUCUUAUGGUCUACCACCGUACGACAACAUGAAAGGAAUUGAUGUGAUCAAAUUCAUAGAGGAAGGCAAGCGGUUGGAAAAGCCUUCCGCCUGCCCGGACAUGGUGUACGCUGAGAUGUUGAAGUGCUGGAGUAAGGAGGCUAAAGAUCGGCCCACAUUCAAAAAGCUCAACACGCACUUCGCUGAGGAAGAUGAAUACGCCUCCACACGCGAAGUCAUGAAACCCAUUAGAACAAAGGAGUAAAAGAGAUGAUUUUCUGACAGAUAUGUUUUAUCAGUCAGAAGUUAAAGGAACACAUUCUGUGUUGUUCUUGAAUAACUGGUCUUAAUGCAUGUGCUUAAAAGUUUUUAUCCCAGCUUUGCCUGCGUGGACUGCAGGGAAUAAUCUGGAACAACAAAAAAAUUAAAUGCAUUAAGCUGAGUUUUCGUAGAAUGAGGCUAGUUUGAUCAAAUGACUUACUUAAAGACGACAUGAUGCACUCACUGUGCUAAUAAAGACAAUUGCUUGUUUGCAUAAAACUACCUUGAACUUAUGUUUCACAUUAAAUUGAAAGACACACACAUUUAAUUGAAGGACACACACAUUAAAUUGAAGGACACACACAUUUAAUUGAAUGACACACAUUUAAAAGAUACGCAGCCAUAAAUAAUUAUUUCAUGUGAUGUAUCAAAAGUAGGUAUAUAAGCCUGAAAAUGUCUUGCCAAUACUAGAAGGCUGCAUGCCUCUUAUAAGAUAGUGUAGUUAUUGUUACAAAACAGUCCAAAAAAUAUAACCUUAUUUAAAAAAUGUUGCCAAAUGCUAAACAUAGCUUUUUCCUUGAUAGCUUUUUCCUUGGUACUUUGGUGUUCAUUUAUGAUACAAGCUUAUUUAGACAAUUUAUUGGUAAUUUUGAUUGGGAAUGUAUCUUUUUAGAUAACGAGGAAUAAGAUGAUUAAGUGGAAAAAUUGUUUUAAAAAAAUAGCAUAUUGAAUAGCUUAAUUGCCGUUUUUUCAGCCGGGCCUAAUAAAAAUGGACACCAACAAGUACAUUAAUCAAAGCUAAAUAAUUUGAUUGAAAUGACUUUGUGCUUUGAAUAUCAUUCGAACUACAGCACAUUUUGUUUACUCAAUAACUCUGAGGAUGUAGAAGUCAUUUUAAUCCAUAUUAGACACUAUACAUUUGUAUAGAAGAGUCAUUUUGAUCCAUAUUAAGGACUAUACAUUUGUAUAGAAAAGUCAUUUUGAUCUAUAUUAAACACUAUACAUUUGUAUAGAAGUCAUUUUGAUCCAUAUUAAACACUAUACAUUUGUAUAGAAAAGUCAUUUUGAUCCAUAUUAAACACUAUACAUUUGUAUAGAAAAAUCAUUUUGAUCAAUAUUAAACACUAUACAUUUGUAUAGAAAAAUCAUUUUGAUCUAUAUUAAACACUAUACAUUUGUAUAGAAAAGUCAUUUUGAUCAAUAUUAAACGCUAUACAUUUGUAUAAACUACAAUUAAGUGACUAAAUAUGUAAAAAAAAAAUCAGAAAGGUGUUUGUGAACAUGGUUUAUUUUGAAAAAAUGUAAGUCCUUAUUUUAUUAGAUGUGUGUGAAUUCUUUGAAAUUUUAAUACUUUUAUGCAACUAUUGAUAAAUAAAUUUUAGUAAAACAUCAUGACAUAUAAUUCCCUUAAUAAAUUUCAGACUAUAUUGAUAUUGAUUAUAAUUCAUAACUAUCAUUUAGAUUCAUUGUUUCAUUAUGUUAUAAUUUCAUUUGGGGGUGGAGGGCGGUUGUGUGGUGUGCCCUUUUUAACAAAAUGAAACAACUAUGUUGUAUAUAAAUAUUGUGUAGCAUAAUGUAUCUAACGCAAAAAGUAUAUUUUUCCUGUAUCUUAAACAGAAUUUGUAGUAUGAAUUAUGCUAUAGUUUAAUGUUGCUUUUCAUAUUAUUGGUAUAGCCUGGUGCUAUGAUCAAAUGAAGGUAAAUUCUAUGAAUUCAAAAACAAAGUGCUGUCAACAGUUCCACAGAUUCUGCUUUUUGCUUUCUCUUAUGUAUGUGCUUAUAUAAUUGUGUAUAAUGUGGACUGUUUGUGGUUUAAUGCAGAAUGUUAUUUUGACAUGUUACUGUAUAUAUAGUAUAUGUGUUAAUUAGUUAAUUAGUAUUUUUGUAUAUUUUAUUUUAGAACAAUGGUGACCAAAAUUUUGUAUCAGCUUACUUUAAUAUCGUUGAAGUUUGACCUGUGUGAACUGUUAAUGCAGCAAAUGGAAUUUUUCUUAUAAAUGAGCAAAUGUUCAGAUGUUCAUGAUCUGAUUCAAGAAUUUUCUCCAUUUUCGGAUUAGUUUCCCAGAAGUUCUAUCUGUUAUAUUAACAAAUCCGUCGACAAGACAGAAAGUGCCAUGCUUACAAUGUUCACACUAUAGAUAAUGUAUAUUCACAUCUAGAUCUACUUCUUUUCCAUAAGGCAUUACUGCUUUGGGAUUGAUACACUGACUUGAGUUAAAUAGAAAACAAACACAGUUUUAAUCUGUACCUUUGAUUUCUUGUCCAUCAGCUGGAGAUCGUUAGUAUCAUCAAUAUCAGGUCCUUAAUCCUCUUCUGUGAUGGCAAGUGAACAAUUGCCAUAACGUUAGAUACAGCACAAAUAAUAUUAAACACAUAAACACCAAUAAACACAUCUUCUAUACCAAGAUUGGAUUGGUCAAUACAAAGCAUAGCAUCGGGGCUUUAAAUCAUUUUUUUGCUACCUUGACGUCAUGCAGAUUUUUUACAAAAGAUUUAAGUUUGAAUACAAUUAACCUCAUAGCAUCACAUUUCAAAUGAAACUGCAAUAUGAUUUUUUUUUCAAUUAAAAACAAUCCUCUGCCUGGUUCAUUACAUUAACAUGUUUUAGCAGAUUGUUGCAGUCACAGAUAUGCUGACUUUAAUUCCGAUCAUGGUCAGGCAUACGCAAUUUGGUUUGUUGAGCUUGAUCAUCGAUUAUAUAAAAACGUUUCAAGGUCAAAUAGGAUGUGAUAUUUUGUGUUAACCAGACAGUUUAUCAAUUUUUGACUUAUGUUCUUGAUAACUACAUUGAACAAUCUUGCAAGUUAAUCAAAUACCUUUUGCAUAAAGAGAAUGUACCAUCAUACAAGGCUUGUAUAUUGUAUAUUUUCACUUCUUUAUAUACAUGUAUUGUGCAAGGAGUCAAUUAAUUUCAUUCAUUAACUGCUUUCCCUUUUUCAUUUUAAGUCAGCAUUACACAAAUAUAAGUGCAAUAUUUCAGUAAAACUUCUACUUUACAUUAUAUAUUAUUGAGUAUUUAUAAGUUCAUUGCAUGUAAUAAAAAACUAACUUAAAUCAAAAUUCGUGUUUUAACUACAGAAGGCACACUUUAAUUAAGGUAUAUUUAUGCAUGUGUACUUGUUUACAUUAUGUAUUUUAAAGUCAAUACCUUCUUGGACGUAAUCACACGUCUACAAUAAUUAUUUGAUCUAAAAUCAAAGACUUAAGUGUUUUUCAUGCCGUUAUAUCAAUUCAUGUGUUACAUUUAUAUGGUUUGUUUCAUGUCAUUAUUUUCAGUUGUUAUAUUUGUAACAACUACUACUACUCUCAUGUGCUUUUCUGUUUUUAUAAAUGCUACAAAACAUAUUCCAAUACACGUAUAACAACUUUGUUGUUGUGAUUUUAAUGUAAUAAAUUUAGCAUCAAUAUGAACGAAUUCAUUUUGAGUAUCUUGUUUAUAAGGGUUUUUGUUUUGUCAUACCCAUUUGCAGCAAAAUAAAGCCCUUUUGUAAUGAUUGCUUUAGCAAUAUCUGUGUGCGUGUCAUUUGGCACAAAUCCAAAAUUUCACCCUAAAAAUUUGAAUACGUUUGUCAAUUUUAUUGUCACCCUUAACAACUAAUCUCAACAAAUCGAGAUAAGCUUACUAUUUAUCAUGUAUUUUUUACGCAUAGUAUAUGUAUUUUGUACUACAAACCAGUUUACCAUUGCAUGCAAGAUAAUUAUUUUGCAUACUAAUCUAUGUACAGCCCUUGUUAUAGAAAUGUUUAAAUCGUCAGAUUGUUAUGUUUGUAACAGAAGCUUUACGCAACAUUUUCACUUUGUUAGUUGAACAUAGAAAUCUAUUUUAUAUCAAAGCAUUUAUACUUGUUGCUUUUACUUAUACAUGGGAAUAUGUUUAGCUGCCAGAAUAAAUUACACUAACUUUGAUAAAA